GGUCACACAGCAGGGGGCAGCAGAGGCCCUUCAGCCGAAUAUAUAGCAACAGGAAGAAGAACAGGAGGAAACGUCAGCAAACAGAAAUGGCUACAGGAGUGGAUCAAGCAGUUGGCAUGAGUCUUGUUGUCUUCAGCCUCCUGCUGUUUACAUACUACUCUGUCUGGGUCAUCAUCCUGCCUUUCGUGGACAGUGAUCACAUACUGCACAUGUAUUUUCUUCCCCGGGAAUACUCAGUCAUUCUGCCUGGCAUUGCAGCAGUAAUACUGCUUCUCUGUAUAGGGGCCUUCACUGCAGUUAUCAUGUGGAAGAAUCGUAAGCCAAAGAAAGUGGACUAAUCUUAGGAUGUUAGAGUGACUGCUGUGGAUUUAAGUAUGUGAAAAUAGCCUUGAUGCCAUUCCAUUCUAUAAUAAUGCCGAAUGAACACCAAAAAAUUAUAUUUAUUAAAAAAAAAGUUUGGCUGACAUUUA